GCUUUCAUACAACCAAGAGAUUAACAUAGCGACCUUUCCGUUUGUCCUUAAAGGUAUUUAACAGUCAAUCAUAGAAACAUAGAACGUUUCAUUUUGAACAUUUUGAAUCUCGUUAACAACAUAAGGUGUACCCGUACUGAUCUGUUAUAAUCGUCGAUGUCGUCAACGUCUCAACGCUUUCCACCCCGCACGCGCCUUGUGCGCACACGCGGACACGCGUGUCAACGCGUGUCAUGCAAUCGCGGCCGUGUGGCAGUAGUACGAACACAAUUACCAAUCCCGAAAUGAAUUUCCAGCGGGAAUAAUGAUUAUGCCAAUCGUAAAUUGGAUGGAGCGGUGUUUGUCGAACUGAAAUCUUAUCGGGAACGCCGAACAAAGAAAAGAUGUCCAACAUAACCUUUCGGUUGAGUAAAACUACCGCGACUAGGAGCGCGGGUUGGUUCAACGCAAGGAUUAUGUCAAUUCACAGUUCAGCAACACUUGCGGAAAAAGGAGAAAUACCAUCUGAUUCUCUCAAUGAAAAUGACGUUCUCAUAGAAAAUAUCAAGGACAGCGGUAUUCUAACUCUGAAUCGCCCGAAGGUUUUGAAUGCCCUGAACUUGUCAAUGGUGCGUAAAAUAUAUCCAGCUCUGAAGGAAUGGGAAGCAUCAAAAAACUUAGUAAUUGUAAAAGCAACUGGUGAGAAGGCUUUCUGUGCUGGUGGUGAUGUUAAAACACUCGCCUUAGCUUUAAAUAACUCUGGUGGUAAGAAAGUCGGACAAGAAUUCUUUCGUGCUGAGUACACACUGAACCACCUUAUUGGGACUUACAAACGACCAUACAUAGCUUUAAUAAAUGGUAUAACCAUGGGAGGUGGCGUUGGCUUGUCUGUACAUGGCAAAUACAGAAUAGCCACCGAAAACACGUUGUUUGCAAUGCCUGAAACCGCCAUAGGUUUGGUACCAGAUGUGGGUGGUACUUUCUUCCUUCCCAGAUUGAGUGGAAAGCUAGGAUGUUACUUGGGCCUAACUGGCCAUCGUCUCAAAGGUACUGAUGUUCUUGCGGCAGGCAUAGCGACUCACUACGUUCCAUCUGAAAGACUUGGAGAUUUAACAAAUGAAUUACUAGAAUCAAAUGGCAACAAUAUUAGUGAAAUCAUAAAAAAGUAUCAACCAGACAAUUUCAAUCCUGAAUUUAGUUUGCAGCCAUAUUUAAAACAAAUAGAUAAAUGUUUCUCCGCUCCAAACGUGCAGGAAAUAAUACAAAGGCUUGAAUCAGAUGGAUCUGAUUGGGCAGUCAACGCAAUUAAGUUAUUGAAACAAAUGUCUCCUACGUCACUUACAGUCACACUUCAGGCUAUAGAAAAAGGAUCUCAACUCUCACUGAAAGAAUGCUUAGAGAUGGAGUUUAGGCUAGUAUCCGCAGCUCUAACAAAGGAUGGUGACUAUUACGAAGGUGUUAGAGCUCUUUUAGUUGAUAAAGACAAGAAACCAAUGUGGAAACCAGCACAAUUGAGUGAAAUUUCACAAAAGGCAAUAGAAGCACGAUUUGCAAAACUACCUGACGAAGAGGAAUUGAAACUUUGAUAAUACGCUACUGGGGAAAGUGUAUCCAUAAACACGUGGCUCGAAAACAUUGCCAUUUUUAUAAUUUUAUAAGUUGUGAAACGUUGAAUGUGAAACUUUAUUGUUAGUCAAUACUGUUUGUUGCUACCAUUGAAAUGGAUGUGGUGAUUCCUGAAAAGCUUACACAUAUAUAAAGCUUAUAUAUAUAGCUUAUAGCAUUACCGAUAAAAAAAAGUAUGUUGUAUAAUUUUAGGAGACGUAAUUUGAACAACCUGGUUUCUGAUGACUGUUCCAAGUACUCACAUUACUAAUAAUUCAUUAAAACAUUAUAUAAAAAUUCAGCGAACUGUUUUAUUUUUCAUGUAAAAACCAACGAACAGAACAAUUUCAAUUAAUAUUACUAGUAAUAGCAUUUAAAUUUACACUCAGAUCGAGUCUGAAUGCGUAUUUUUCAUAUAUCCAUUGUUAAACCAUGUUACCAAGAAAUAAAAAAUUGGAACUGAAUAAAAUGAUAAUACAUUCAAAUUAUAGACAUGUGAAUUGGUUACAAGUAAGCGAUUGUUUCUGAUAAUAAUUUUAAUUUCUACAAUUAAGUAGAAAAUAAUUAAGUUCAUUCAUUCCUCUAUCUACAUAUCGGAGAUCACGGUGUGUUACGUUGCAUUUUUAAUGCUACCAAUGGAACUCUAACGAAAUUGACAAUACAAUCACAACACAGUGAUCUCGCCUGGCACUGUGCAAGCUACGUAUGUAUGCAUAGAAUAAUGACAAAUUAUUUACAUCAGGGUUACAUCAAGAUUACACCGGGUCCGAUAGAAAAACGAAAAUAAAUUAUU